AUGGGUGAUUUUAACAUUGAUCUCUUGGUAAACAAUACAUUUUCUAAGUCAUGGCUUCAUCUUAAUGAAAACUUCCAACCACACCAACUAAUUAAUGAACCCACAAGAGUAACAUUAAAUUCAGCCACUUUAGUUGAUCACGCUUUCACAUCGUUGAGCGCCAAAGUAAGAGCAGUUAAAGUUCCUAAAAUAGGCCUUAGUGACCAUUACCCAACAUGUGUGGUGUUUAAGGAUGGUUUCGGUAGUAAACAUUGUCAUACCAGCAUCAAAUACCGAUCAUUCAAAUAUUUUGACCAUAAUCUUUUUGUUGGUAUCAUCGAUAAACAUUUACCCAUGAAAACAAAACGGGUAAAAAGAGUGGAACAACUUGACUGGAUAACGCAGGACAUAUUAAACUGUAUGCGUCAACGUGACCGUCAUAAAUCUGCUAAGAACUUUGCAGAAUACAAGAUUCUGCAUAAUAAGUGUGUUUCCCUAGUGCGCGAAGCCAAGAAGACUUAUUACCAGUCUUGCAUAAGGAAUUGUAAAGGCGAUUCCACUAAACUUUGGAAAUAUAUCAAUGAAUUAGUACCAAAUAAUUCAAAAUCAGCACCAACGGCAAUAAAAGACGGUGAAACCACCCUUACUGAUGCAAAAGAUUUAUGCGAGUCUUUUAACAAUUAUUUUUCCACAGUCGUUUAUAAGUACUUACCAACAAGCAACCUAGAUCCUGACCUAGAACAACUAAAUGACUUUGUUAGCAGUAAAAUUACUGAUGAUAUUCUUCUUACAAUACCACCUUUAACGUGUGAUGAAGUUUUGCAAUCACUUAAUCAAUUAGAUCCUCAUAAAGCCACAAGUUUGGAUGGAUUGUCCUCCAAAAUACUCAAAAUGUCAGCUUCAGUCAUUGCAGAACCUUUAACCUUGAUUCUUAAUCAAAGCAUUACUUACGGUUACUUCCCAAUGCGAUGGAAAACUGCAAGAGUUGCCCCAGUUCAUAAAUCGGGAAGUUGUACUGAAAAAAGUAAUUACCGUCCAAUCUCCAUUCUCUGUAUUGUAAACAAACUGUUGGAACGUCACUACCAUAACAGCAUAACCACCCACUUAAUAUUGUUUGACCUACUGUAUAAAGGACAAUCGGGAUUCCGACGCUACCAUUCUUGUGAAAGUGCAAUUGUUAAGUUGGUAGAUACAUGGCUUACAAAUAUUGAACAUGGAAAACUUAAUGGUGUAACACUUAUUGAUUUUCGAAAAGCAUUUGACAUGGUAAACAUCGAUAUUCUCAUCUCCAAGCUUAAGUGUUAUUAUUACAAUUAA